UUAGCUGCUGGGGCUAGAACUCCGAAGUCUACGAAACGGCAGCACGACGAAGGGGAAGAAACCGAACAAGAAGAAGAAAGCGCCCAGAAAAAGACAAAUACAAUGACAGGAAAUCCAAUUACGUCUCUUGGUUCUAUCAGCGGCAUGGAUCUCAUUACGAUUGAACAGUAUCAAGUGCCAGACAAUUGCGUUGGCCUAAUUAUUGGAAGAGGUGGUGAAAAUAUAUCUGCAAUUCAGAAUGACUCCGGGUGCCGAAUUCAAAUGUCCCAGAGUACACCAGUUCCGGAUGAUUCUGGUCGAAUGAUGAGAAGCUGUACACUAACAGGGUCACCAAUAUCGAUUGAGAAGGCAAAAUGUCUUAUGGAGGCUAUUAUCAUGAAAGCUGGUGAAAGUUUACCGCCGUCGCGUAUGACUUCUCUUAGCAACAGCGUUAGUCAGAACGGAGCCUACUCGACACCUGGUGCUCCAGGGAUUGCUCCUGGAUCUGCUUUGAGUGCUAAAACUAUGACAGUUGAAGUAUUAAUACCUGGAUCAAAGUGCGGUCUGGUGAUUGGUAAAGGAGGAGAAAUAAUAAAAAGUCUGGAGGAAAAAGCGGGUGUUAAGAUGGUAAUGAUUCAAGAAAAUAGUCAAGUUUCUUCAACUCCAAAACCUCUUCGGAUUAUCGGUGAACCUGAAAAAGUUGAAUAUGCUAAAAAACUUGUCGAUAAAAUCUUGAAUUCAAAGGACGAUAGGAUACCGCCGCAUAGUGAUUACGGCGGUUUGUCUGGAAAUAAAACGACCGGCGAAAUUAUUGUGCCAAAGUCUGCUGUAGGUGUCAUAAUUGGUAGAAAUGGCGAGGUAAUCAAGCGUCUCACUCAAGAUACUGGUGCUAAGAUACAGUUCAGACGCAAUGAAGAUUAUGAUGCACCACAGAGGACUGCUGUCAUUACUGGUACCAAAGAGCAGAUCGAGAAAGCAACGCAAUUAAUUACGGAUUUGGUUAACAAGAAUGGCGAUGCUGACGUGUUUUACAUGCAUGUGCCUGCAACUAAAACGGGCUUGGUUAUCGGAAAAGGCGGCGAGACUAUCAAGCAAAUUUCGACCGAAAGUGGCGCUCGAGUUGAACUCUCUAGAGAUCCAGUGCCAAAUGAUCACGAGAAGGUCUUUGUCAUUAAAGGCACUUCGCAGCAGAUUCAUCACGCAUCACAUCUUAUUAGAAUUCGGGUUGGCGAUGUACGCACACCGGCUGCAGCUACUGAUCCCAAUGCAGCUGCCUGGGCUUUAGCUCUUUAUGCGCAGUACUAUCCGCAAAAUGCAACUGUUCCGUAUGGACAGGCUUACCCUACGCAGACUACUGCGCCAGUCGCUACAACUCAGUCUUCAACUACUGUGACUCCUGCGAUUAAUCCUCAGACAGGGCAACCUGACUACAGUGCUCAGUGGAUUGAGUAUUACAGGUCGUUAGGAAUGCAUGAUAUGGCUGCAUUUAUUGAGCAGUCAGCUCGAGCGUAUCAGCAAAACAGUAAUCAACAACAAAUGACAGCCAACCCCGUCGGACAG